CUUCAGUACAGACUCACAGAGCUUGAUACAUGAGGCCUCUCUGCUGAGUUACUGGGUGUUGCUGUCAUUCUUACAGUACAAUGAUAGGUCUGAUAGACAUCCUGCAGCUCUUGACCUGAUCCUGUUGGACUGUUGGAGGAUGAAACAGAGCAAAUGGCUGUUUGAACAUUCAUUGAAACUGCAAGCCAAACAACUUGGGAGCUGGUGACUGGAUAGAAGAGGUGACCACGAACAGUCAUGGGAUGUGGCGUCUCAAAGUCCAACCAGUUCAAAAACUCUGGAAAAGCAAUAAAAUCUGCCGUCCUGAUUCAGCGAUGGUACCGUCAGUUUGUCGCCCGCAAAGAGAUGAGGCGGAGAUACACCUGGCACAUCUUCCAGUCUAUCGAAUACUCUGGAGAACAGGCUCAGAUAAAGCUUUAUAACUUCCUCGGCUAUCUGAUGGACAAUUUCACACCUACAAGCAAUGAACGGAAUUUGAUCUCGCACAUCUUCAGAGAGAAUGAAGUUUGUCGGGAUGCAGAGUGGGAGAGGUACUUCUGCUACAAGAACAUCGAGGUGCCAGAUAUUUACUCAGGACCUCACCUCACCUUCCCUCUGACGGUGGAGCAGGCGGUCGGGCUGGUGGAGGCCUUCAGAAACAAGAAGCAGCUGCACUCGCGCUACAUCCUCCAGCUCCUGCUUGAAACCUGGAAACAGCUCCGGCUGUUGCCAAAUAUCAACCGCAUCUCCACCUGCCACAGCAAAGAAAUCACUAUUUGUGGAGAUUUACAUGGACAACUGGAAGACCUGCUGCUGAUUUUCUACAAGAAUGACAUGCCGUCCUUGGAGAAGCCAUAUCUGUUUAACGGAGACUUUGUAGACCGGGGCAAAGACUCCAUAGAGAUCCUCAUCAUCCUGUUUUCAUUCCUGCUCGUCUAUCCAAGUGAAGUAUACCUCAACAGAGGAAACCACGAGGACCACAUAGUCAACCUGAGGUACGGAUUCACAAAGGAAGUGUUGUCUAAAUACAGGAUGCACGGCAAACGCAUCCUGAAGCUGCUGCAGAAGAUUUUCAGCUGGUUGCCGUUAGCGUCAGUAAUAGACCAGAAGGUGCUGGUUCUUCACGGAGGGAUCUCCAACACCACUGACCUCAGCGUCCUCGCCAGAGUGGACAGACACAAUUAUGUCUCUGCGCUGAGGCCUCCGAAGAAGAGACACCAGAGCGUAGCGGGGCUAUCCAUGGACUCGGACAUGGACGAGGACGCAGGGUCUACCAACAAGGUCUUCCAGCGGCGGCCCUCCCUCACGUUUCCCAAAGCUCUGGCCAAAGACUGCUUCCAGAACCGCUCUCUGCAGGACUUCUCCGACCGGCUCAGAGUGAACACGGUGGAGGAGGUGGAAAGCCACCAGAAGAACCGGGGCCUCUUGGGAUCAGAAAAUGAGACGUCUCAGUCCUGCGAGUCUAUAAACAGCGAAGACGAGUGGAAACAGAUCCUGGACUUGCUGUGGAGCGACCCCAUGACCCAGGACGGCUGCGUACCAAACGAGGUUCGGGGCGGGGGCUGCUACUGGGGCCCAGACGUCACUGAGGACUUCCUGAACAGACACAACCUGCAGCUCAUCAUCCGCUCCCACGAGUGCAAACAGGAAGGUUACGAGUUCUGCCACAACCGUAAGGUCCUCACACUGUUCUCCGCUUCAAAUUACUAUGAUGUGGGAAGCAACAGGGGGGCCUACGUGAAGUUGGGUCCAGACCUUGUGCCUUAUUUAGUUCAGUACCAGGCCAGCAGCAUGAUCAGAGAGCUCAGCGUCAGACAAAGUGUGGGUCGGAGCGAGCGCUCAGCUAUCAAAGUCCUGCGGGAGCAGCUGUUUGCACAUAAAUCUGACCUGAUCUGUGCCUUCAAAAAGUUGGACAGUGAAAACAAAGGUCGUGUUAGUCUGUCCGACUGGGCGACUGCAGUGGAGAGUGUGUUGCGCCUCGGCCUGCCCUGGCGAAUAAUGCGCUCUCAGCUGGUCACUGGUCGCUCUGCUGACGGCUCCAUCGACUACUAUGAGUGGUUCAACGAGCUCGCCAUCAAAGGAGCCAACGCGGAUCAUAUUGACCAGAGUCUGCUUGAGACUUUGUAUCGCCACCGCUCCACCUUGGAGACCAUCUUUAGAAUCGUAGACACGGACAACUCAGGCUUUAUCACCAUGGAGGACUUCCGGCAGACCUGGAAGCUGCUGAGCGUCUACCUGAAGAUGGAGAUCACUGAGGAUGCCAUCUCCGACCUGGCCGUAACUAUCGACAGCAACCAGGACGGCAGCAUCGAUAUUGAAGAGUUCAUGGAGGCCUUCCGCCUCACGGACAAGAAGAGCCGGCUGGAGCGAGGACGCAGCAUGUUCAUGGGGACGGCCACCGACCUCACCAAGCUGGAGGGUGAUCCCAACAUCUGAGCACAGAGAGUGACUGAAAACUGACCUCAGAUCAGAUUCCUCACCGGGCAGCAAGGGGGAGGGGAGACCGGGGAGAUAAAGCCAACGCAAGCUGCUUCAAUGACGCACAUUGAGACGUAGGAUGCUGCCGAGUAACAGUCGUGUUGAUCACAUAAGAUUAAGGCGAGUUCAGGGUAUUUGACAGCAAAUGUUCACUUGACAUUUCAAUGCAGGUUUAUCCUCUGAAGAGAUACAGUCAAGGUGAAACCAACUGUCUCUUUUUAUUAAGUUAUAAUCACUGAAAAGCGUUGCAAAAACCACAAACACAGAAACAAAAGAACAUCACAUUAAGGCUGAAUCUUUCAAAAUAAUAACAUGAGACUCUGCAUUCAUCAGCUAUAUAUGUCAUUAUUUUCAUCAACAUAAUUUAAAAGUGAAAAGAGUAACCCUGCCUGCAAAUAGCUUUUAUAAUUUAAAUUUCAGAAAAUCCCAUAAAUAUUAAGCUAAUGAAUGUAUUCAUUUCAACUUUCCAGAUCUGAGUUAAUGUGAUGUCUUUUUUAUCUGACCAGAAACCCUCAGAUUCCUAAAAGUAUGACAUUUAAUGUUAUGCCGACAAAACCCAUUUAAAUUUAACACCCUAAACAUCAGACUGUUUGGAUUUAACCUAAACAAUUACUCAGAUGAAUAAUCAGUUGUCAAAAUAGAUGUACUUACAUUUUUCUUUUAUAAUAAUUGCUUGUUCAUAAAAUCAAAUGCAUUUAUCUGAUGCCUAUUCAAAUUAUUGUUUUAUUUAACAGCCCAAAAGCAACAAUACUCAGUUUAAAUUAUGCUAAAAAAACACAACAUAAAACUAUGAAUGAACCCCUUUUCCUUGAUAAAAUGAUGAUUAUAUUUCUGUGUAAUCACUGAUUAAUGUCUGCUUGUGUCAGUAUGCAGGUGUUGCUCUGUUCACUGAUGCUGGUUUUAAACAGCCGUACAUCUCCAUGUAUGUGUGGAAACUACACUCCUCUUAAAGGCUUUAUAGAUACCAGAAACUAAACUAAAUAACAUAAUAUGAUACAACAUGAAUAAUGGUGCAGCUUUACAUCAGUUGCACUAAUUAAUUGCAGGUGCCUUAGCGUAAAAGUGUUUUAACUUCUAGAGGCGAAGUUAAGUGUGCUCUGAUGCUGUUUUUGUAUCAGUGCCAACUGCCAAUAAGUACCAGGGUCCCUCCUGGUCUCAGGCGGGAUUCAAACCCUCACCUUGUCCAGAACGGAGAACUCAUGCUUUUUGCUUGUUUGACUUUUAGGAUGUAUGACUAAUAUAGUUGCUGUGUUGUAAAUGAAGAUAGUCCUGUCUUUGUGCUUAGCUAUGCUAACCGGCAGCUGCCGUGGCAUCAUAUUCAAUCUAGAAUCAGUCUUCUAUCGUCGAGAACGCAAAUAAUAUCCCAACCGUUUUACUAUUCCUGUAAGAUAUGUAGACAACAUGAUGUUUUAGGUUUGGUAUAUGUCCUCUGUGUCCAAUAUUAGAUUCAGCUCCAUGAUUGUUUAAAAUAUUAUUAAUACUAAACCAAAGAAACAUCAGGAAAUCGUUCAGUGUGCAUGUACAACAUUUUGUUGAAUGGAGAAUGCAAAUGUUAUAAUAUGCGGGUUUGCUUUUGGAUGCUGACCCCUGUUAAAGUUUCAGCAUUUAUUUAUGUGUCUGUUAUUGAAUUAAAUGAUGUUUGUAAUUUGAA